GUAAAAGUUGUCAUUUUGAAGGCACACAGAACUGUAUCCACAUAGGAGUAAACUUUGGUUCAGCAUUGUGAAUAAAUUGUAACCAUUCUGUGUUAAUCAUCUUGGUCAAAUGUUGAGAUAAUUCUUGCUGAUUAUUUGCCAAAUGUAUAAUUUUACAAUUAUUAUCACCAUUGGUAUUUACAAUUGAAUGGUGUUGCUUUGAAAAAUAAAUAUAAAUGAAUCAAAAUACUAAUAAAAUUGACAUGUUUCAGAAGGCUCAGAGCAAUGGCCCUGAAAAACAAGAAAAAGAAGGAGUGAUCCAAAACUUUAAGCGGACCCUAUCAAAGAAAGAAAAAAAAGAAAAAAAGAGGCGAGAAAAAGAAGCACAGCAACAAACUUUAGACAAUCAUGGGCCAUUUCAUGGAGAUGAUACUGAAAACUCUCGUCUUGCAGCAGAAGUCUACAAAGAUAUGCCUGAGACCAGUUUCACUCGAACAAUAUCCAACCCAGAAGUGGUAAUGAAACGGCGGAGACAACAGAAGCUAGAAAAAAGAAUGCAAGAAUUUCGGAGUUCUGAUGGCAGGCCAGAUUCAGGUGGAACACUAAGAAUUUAUGCAGAUAGUUUGAAACCAAAUAUACCAUACAAGACAAUCCUACUAUCUACUACAGAUACUGCAGAUUUUGCAGUUAUUGAGGCCCUGGAGAAGUACAGCCUAGAAAAGGAAAACCCCAAGGAAUAUUGUAUUGCUCGUGUCAUGCUUCCUCCUGGUGCUCAACAUUCUGAUGAUAGUGCUGCUAAAGAAUCUAUCCUUGAUGAUGAUGAGUGUCCACUUCAAAUAUUUAGGGAAUGGCCAAGUGAUAAAGGAAUAUUAGUCUUUCAGUUAAAAAGACGCCCACUUGAUUAUGUCCCAAAGAAGCUGAAGAAGCAAGUUGAUGUAAAACUAUUAAAAGGAAAGGAAAGAAUUGAUAGGUCUGGUUAUGGCUCUUCUCUUCCACCUGAGAAACUACCUUACCUGGUUGAACUAAGUCCAGGUAAGAAUUAUGUUAUUAAAAUGUUAUUUGUGUUUGGAGUGAUUGGCUUUCAGAAUUACUCUUGACAAUUUUUGAGACUUCCAGUCUGGAAUAUAUGUACGCAAUUUGCACACCUUUAUAGAAAAGAAGAGAAAUAGAGGAUAUUCUUUGUGU